AUAACCAAAAACAAAGAAAUAAAAGAGUGUGAUGAGAUCCUCAAGAACAAUGGGAUUAAUGAAUUGCAUGGUUUAUGUUGUGGUCCUAAGUGCUAUUGCGGCUACAGUGACAUCAUACCCUUACUCAUCUCCUCAUACCCCAGCUUACGAUUCUCCCAGCUAUGAACACAAAGGCCCAAAGUACGCACCACAUCCGAAACCAUAUGUUUACAGUUCUCCACCACCACCAUACUAUACUCCAUCACCAAAGGUAAACUAUAAAUCUCCACCACCACCAUACGUCUAUAAUUCUCCACCUCCACCGUACUACUCUCCUUCUCCAAAGGUUUACUACAAGUCCCCACCUCCACCAUACGUUUACAGCUCCCCACCACCACCGUACUACUCUCCUUCUCCUAAGGUAUACUACAAGUCCCCACCACCACCGUACGUCUACAGUUCCCCACCACCACUGUACUACUCUCCUUCACCAAAGGUUUACUACAAGUCCCCACCACCACCAUACGUCUACAGUUCCCCACCACCACCGUACUACUCUCCUUCUCCAAAGGUUUACUACAAGUCCCCACCUCCACCAUACGUCUACAGCUCCCCACCCCCACCGUACUACUCUCCAUCUCCAAAGGUAUACUACAAGUCCCCACCACCACCGUACGUCUACAGUUCUCCACCACCACCGUACUACUCUCCUUCUCCAAAGGUUUACUACAAGUCCCCACCUCCACCAUACGUCUACAGCUCCCCACCCCCACCGUACUACUCUCCAUCUCCAAAGGUAUACUACAAGUCCCCACCACCACCGUACGUCUACAGUUCUCCACCACCACCGUACUACUCUCCUUCUCCAAAGGUUUACUAUAAGUCUCCACCUCCACCAUACGUCUACAGCUCCCCACCACCACCGUACUACUCUCCUUCUCCUAAGGUAUACUACAAGUCCCCACCACCACCGUACGUCUACAGUUCCCCACCACCACCGUACUACUCUCCUUCUCCAAAGGUUUACUACAAGUCCCCACCACCACCGUACGUCUACAGCUCCCCACCCCCACCGUACUACUCACCAUCUCCAAAUGUAUACUACAAGUCCCCACCACCACCGUACGUCUACAGUUCCCCACCACCACCAUACUACUCUCCUUCUCCUAAAGUUCACUACAAGUCCCCACCUCCACCAUACGUCUACAGCUCCCCACCACCACCCUAUUACUCUCCUUCUCCUAAGGUUCACUACAAGUCUCCACCACCACCAUACGUCUACAGCUCCCCACCUCCUCCAUACUACUCUCCUUCUCCUAAAGUCACUUACAAGUCUCCACCACCACCAUAUGUCUACAAGACGCCUUAUUAUUGAUUUUGAAUUGUUUCUUUAAGAAGAAGCAUGAGUGCAAUAAUUUCUUUUUAUGAUUGGUUUUUUUUAUUCUUCUGAUUUUGUUCUUUGUUGAUUUAUCUUGUUAAGCUUUUUUUAUGUAAUAAAAUUUGGCUAUCUUUUUAAAUGCACUUUUUUGUUCCUAUUUUUGCUUAAUAUAUAUAUUAUAUGUGUU